CCUGGGGGUGGGGGAGGGGGCCGUGGCGGAGGCGCUGCUGCGCUGCCCUGCCCUGCGCCGCGCCGCCAGGGCGGGAGGGGGGCGGCGGUUGCUGCUCCAAGAUGGCGGAUGAGGAGGCUCCGCUCCUCCGCCCGCGCGACGGCGGCCCCGGCGGCACGGCCGAGAGCGCCGAGCCCGCUCCGAAGCGCCAGUGCCUCGACUCGGAAGACGCUGGCUGCGGGCGGGGCGCGGCGCCCGCCCAACGGCCAGACCGGGGCGCGGGGCCGCCACCCGCCGCUGCUGCUGUGGCAGUAGAACUGCCGGGCGAGGCGGCGACUGUGACUGCCGAUGGCGGCGGCGGCCGGGCGAACAAGGAAGACGACGAAACGGUGGCGGCGGCGGCGGUCUGGAGCGGCGCGGACAAUAGGGCCGAGCUGCGGGGCCUGCCCCGGGCGGAGCCGCCUCCGCAGCCGCGGCAGCGGGGCCGGGGGGAGGGGGCGGAGGCGGCGCUCGGCGAAGACGCGGCGGAGGCGGCCAUUGGCUGCAGGCGGGCGCAGUGUUCAAACCGGGCGGCCGAAGCGCCGGCCCUGCAUCCCGAUAACUUCCUUCUUAGUGAUGAAAUCAUAGCCAAUGGUUUUCACUCCUGUGAUAGUGACGAAGAUGACAGAGCCUCACAUGCAAGUUCUAGUGACUGGACUCCAAGACCUCGUAUAGGUCCCUACACUUUUGUUCAGCAGCAUCUCAUGUUGGGUACUGACCCACGGACAAUUCUGAAAGACCUGCUACCAGAAACAAUCCCUCCACCCGAGCUGGAUGAUAUGACACUCUGGCAAAUUGUUAUAAACAUUCUUUCAGAACCACCAAAAAGGAAAAAAAGGAAAGAUAUUAAUACCAUUGAUGAUGCUGUGAAGCUUUUACAAGAAUGCAAAAAAAUAAUGGUCUUGACUGGAGCUGGGGUGUCUGUGUCUUGUGGAAUACCUGACUUUAGAUCAAGAGAUGGCAUCUACGCACGCCUUGCUGUAGACUUCCCAGACCUUCCAGAUCCUCAAGCAAUGUUUGAUAUAGAAUACUUCAGAAAGGAUCCCAGACCAUUUUUUAAGUUUGCAAAGGAAAUCUACCCAGGACAGUUCCAGCCAUCUCUCUGUCACAAGUUCAUAGCUUUGAUGGAUAAAGAAGGAAAACUACUUCGCAACUAUACUCAGAACAUAGAUACACUGGAACAGGUUGCAGGAAUCCAGAGGAUAAUCCAGUGUCAUGGUUCCUUUGCAACAGCUUCCUGCCUGAUCUGUAAAUACAAAGUCGAUUGUGAAGUUGUUCGAGAAGAUAUUUUCAAUCAGGUUGUACCCAGAUGUCCCAGAUGUCCAGCUGAUGAACCACUCGCUAUCAUGAAGCCAGACAUAGUGUUCUUUGGGGAGAACUUACCUGAGCAGUUCCACCGUGCCAUGAAGUAUGACAAAAAUGAAGUUGAUCUCCUUAUUGUCAUUGGGUCCUCACUGAAAGUAAGACCAGUAGCAUUGAUUCCAAGUUCCAUCCCUCAUGAAGUGCCUCAGAUCUUAAUUAAUAGGGAACCUUUGCCUCAUCUACAUUUUGAUGUGGAGCUUCUUGGAGACUGUGAUGUUAUUAUUAAUGAAUUAUGUCAAAGGCUAGGUAAUGAAUACACAAAACUUUGCUACAACCCAGUAAAACUUUCAGAAAUAACAGAAAAGCCUCCACGAACGCACAAGGAGCUUGAAAUGCACUCAUCUGAGCUACCACCUACCCCUCUAAACAUUUCAGAAGACUCUAGUUCACCAGAAAGAAUGACUCCACCAGAUGCUUCAGUGGUGUCUUCAGAACACUCAGCUGAAUGUAAGGUAGAAAACUGUGAUCCUACUUCAGAAACUAAAGAGACCUGCACAGAGGAAAAGCUUCAAGAUACACAGGCAUCAGACAACCCUGAAAAUCCUACUAGUGAACUAAUGAACUCUGAAACAGUGAAGGAAAAUGGAUCUAACAAUGGAGAAAACAAAGAAAAAAAGGAAGUCUUGAAGAAGUGCUGGGUAAACAGAUCUGCAAAAGAACAGAUUAGCAAAAGGCUGGAUGGUACUCAGUAUUUGUUUUUACCACCAAAUCGCUAUAUUUUCCAUGGUGCUGAGGUGUACUCAGAUUCUGAAGAUGAUAUCAUAUCUUCUAGCUCUUGUGGGAGCAGCAGUGAAAGUGGUUCAUGUCGUAGUCAGAGCUUAGAUGUGGAGGACGAGAGCGAGAUUGAAGAGUUCUAUAAUGGCAUAGAGGAUGAGGACGCUCCUGAAAGGGAGGAGGAACCUGGUUUCAGGGAGGAUGGAAUUGAACAAGAUGAAGCAGCAGCUGAGGAGUCAGCUUACACAAGUGAAGCUGCAGCAACUGAGCAGCCAAGCAACAACUUGUAAAGCGAUCACUGACUGGUUACAGGAACUUUCCACCAGCAUUAGGAGCUUUGGCAUGUCAGAAUGAAUGUUUACGUCUGAAUUUAGAGCAACAAAAACAUACAGAAGUAGUGUUUAUAAAUAACUAAAACAGAUUUUCAUGCUUAGUUUUUUACCUUUUUCAAUAAAAUUCUAUUGCUGCACACUCAACACUAACUCAUCUUUUUUUUUCUUAAGGUAGUAGGACUAUCUAAACAGUUGUCACUGUGUUCACUUUUCAGUUCCUCUGUCUGAUCCGGCAUCCAUGUAUAUAAUGCAUAUUUUUGCUUCAUGAAUUCCGGUUUUGAAAAAGCCAUUGGAAUGUUAAACUAAUAUAAAGGGAACAGCUAAUUAAGACCAAAGAAUGGUAUUUUCACACCUCUUGCUUUGUAACACAUUGGUUUAUUUAAAACCUUAUGCUUUUGCUAAACCUUUCCUUCUGCCUAGUCUGUCAUUAAACACUGGCAUUUUCUAAGACCUACUGUGGCAGCUAAUUUUUUGUUUUGAGAGAUACUUUAAAUGUUUGAGACAUACUGAAAUGUGAGUAGAUAGUUAAAUGGAAACAUGCCAGCGAGCACUUAGGGGCUGCCACAGUUUUCAGGUAUCUAAGAAGUGCUGUGAAGAUGCUGAGGUGAAUGCUGGCUGAGAAGCAGGUGCAGUGCCAGUGUUGGAAAGAAACUGGCUUCCCCACGGCAGACAUUUGUCACACUGUAUACAGGAGCCAAGCAUAGUACAGCUUGAUUGCAAACAGCGUUUGAGAAACUGCCAAGGCUCUGCUGCAGAAGUGAGGCCAAGUUCAGAACAGGCUUUCUACCAGCUCCUGAGAAGGUGGAGGGGAAAAAAAA